GCAACAUUGAGCGAAUACACUUUUCCUGCGUGGCUCGGUGCGUGAUACCAGUGACGCCAUUGCCCCCCCCCCCCGGACAGGGGUGGAGAGUGCUCCCCGGGUUGCUGAGUGCACAAGGAGCACAGACAACAGCAGACUACCGAGGGGGCAGGGAGAAAGAUUUGACGACUUCACCGCCACUCCCGGACAACCACGCCCCGGGGGAGGGGAGAAGCGGGGUGGCCGCCAGGUGUCUCAACUUCCGCCAUGGAAGCGGGAAAGAGCGCGUGAAGGGGGAGUUUUCCGGCAGGUUUCCGUGCAGCGAUGAAGUUCGGGAAGAGUAUCUGCGUUCUCAACGUCGGGGGGACCCGCUACGCCUUCACCCGCGACGUGAUCCGGGAUUUCCCACUCCGGCGCGUCAGUCGCCUCCAUGCGUGCGCCACGGAGAAGGAGGUCCUGGAGCUGUGCGACGACUACGAUCGGGACCGAAACGAGUUCUUCUUCGACCGCCACGCUCAGGCGUUCGUCUUCAUCAUGCUCUACGUGCGAUCCGGAAAACUCCGCUUGCUGCCCGGCGUGUGCGAGCUGUCCUUCUACACCGAGAUGCUCUACUGGGGGCUGGAGAGCGCGCACUUGGACUCCUGCUGCCAGAAGCGCCUGGACGACCGGCUUUCCGAGAUCGGGCUGGACGGGCUCUCCGAAGAGGACGGAGGCGGGUCUGGGAACGAGACCCAGAGUGUGAGCGAUCCGGGGCAGCGAGGGGCGCUCAGCGGGCGCGCCAAGUGGCUGGAGAGGACGCGGAGGGCUUUCGAGGAACCCAACUCUUCCAUCGGGGCGCAGCUGCUGGCCUCGGUGUCCGUCAUCUUUGUCAUCGUGUCCAUGGUCAUGCUGUGUGCCAGUACUCUGCCGGACUGGGACACGGCCAAGAGGACCACCGUGGAGGAGCACAGGAUAGUCGAGGCUGUUUGCAUCGGCUGGUUCACGGCUGAGUGCACCAUGCGCUUCCUGGUGGCACGGGACAAGUGGGACUUCCUCCGUCGGCCACUCAACAUUAUCGACGUGAUCGCCAUCACACCUUACUACGUCACCAUGGCGCUGGCCCGGGCGGGGAUGCCGGGCGCUGGGCUCGGGGUGGCGGGCGUCAUCCUGCGUGUGCUUCGGAUGAUGCGAGUCUUCUGGCUCAUGAAGCUGGCCCGCCACUUCCUGGGCCUGCAGACGCUGGGGCUGACGCUGCGGCGCUGCUACCGGGAGAUGGUGAUGUUGAUGGUGUUUGUCUGUGUCGCCAUGGCGAUAUACAGCGCCCUGGCACAGCUCCUUGAGCACGGGUUGGAUUUGGGCUCGCAGAAUCAGGAUUACGCCAGCAUCCCGGCCGCUGCCUGGUGGGUCAUCAUCUCCAUGACUACUGUGGGGUACGGGGAUGUCUACCCUGUGACCGUCGGAGGGCGGGUUCUCGGGGGGAUGUGCGUGGUGAGCGGCAUCGUCCUGCUCGCCCUGCCCAUCACGUUCAUCUACCACAGCUUUGUACAGUGCUACCAUGAACUCCGACUCCGCUCGGCCAGAUACGCUCGCAGCAUCUCCAUGGAAAUGCUCCAGUGACCAUUUUAUUCCCCUUUGGGACAGUGGCCCCGCCCUUUUUAUCCUUUCAUUUUUAACACCAUUUGAACAGAGGAAUGAAAAACACACGAGCAGCGUCACUCUGCAUGGUUUCCCCUGUGGACUCUGUUUGCACUGCAUCUCUCUGUGUUUGCCCGGUCUUCAGAGUCCUAGCUUGUUCCGGGCUGAGCGUGACCUAGAUGUGCUCUCUACAUGUGAACGAGGUGCACAACGACAACGACAGAGGAGUUUGUGUGUGUGUGUGUGUGUGUGUGUGUGUGUGUGUAGAGAAAAGGCUGAAAGGAAAACUGUACUUUGGGGGGGAAUUAUCUCCAUAAUCCGCAAUCCGUAUGUGAGACAUCUGUGCAUUCUAAAGAUAUCAAAACACAUAAAAAGAGACACCUCGUGUCCAUUGUUUUUAGCAGAUUUUUAUGUGUACUAACGAGCUGUCUCUUUUAAUGUUUUUAGAUUUUACGUUAAGCCCCCUCUCAAAAGUGCAGUUUUCCUUGAAGUCGGUGAAAUACAGAGGCAGAGGUUGAAGGUGGCCGACAUAAACAAUAAAGCAGAUGGCGUGCGAAGUUGAAGGAUAAAAUGGAUGUGGAAUGAGCACAAAGAAUAAAUAGGAAUGUGUGUCUUCACUCUCCAUUUUGUAUUUCAGCAUCUCCACGGCAACCUCAUUCAGCGGCAUGCCAAUCACAAAUAGGCCACGGUCACACACACACACACACACACACACACACGCGGUAUUGUCCUGCUGUUAUUGGGGGGAAAUAGGACGUGGUUGCAGCAAUUAAACAUGGCGAAAGAGAGCACACAAAUGAACAACGGCAAAGGUCCUGACAUUCCAUGAAUCACGUUUGCAGGUUAAUGAAAUGACGUGAUCGGUGGAAGAGAAGCAGAAUCCAAACAAACAAGUUGACACCUCUCCCACACAACAGUCUCUCUCUCUUCUUCUUCUUCCACCUAUCGCCUUCUGCCCUCCUCUCGAUCAGACAUCUUUGUGUGUACACACACACACACACACACACACAUAUAUAUAUAUAUACAUGUUGCCAUGUAUGUCAAUUUUUCAUCAAGCAGAGCUGUAUGACUUGUAGAGUUGCCACGUUGAUAUCUUUUGUGUGCCUUCAGUGUGCUUUUCAAGUAGCAUCAAUGCCACACAAGUGGAAUAGAAUCAGUAUUUUGUCAGCGCUAAUGGCUCCUAUAGAGCAUCACAACAAAGCCUCUUUCAUCUGUAGAUCGUAACUGAUGUAUCCAGUGUAGACUUUUAGAAUAAAGCAAUGGCUGAUUGUGCAGGUACGAAUCAGACUUGCCAGUCUUUUGCUGUCAGUCGACAAAUCGAUGCUUGUGAUAAAAUAACCAUCUGUUUUCCAGGGUGGGCUCACCUGACAUAUUGCAGAACUGAUGCAGACGUUUCAGGACGGCUUGCCAAAGCACGCGUCAUGUGAUAAUGACAUUGUGUUUACACUUCCAGGCCGCCUCCAAGCAAUCAGGCAGCGCUCGGAGGCCAGGAACACCUGAGUCUUUUGGCGAGGUUGAUGGCCUGAUGGUAGUUACAUUUUUGCAGCCAUUUUCCAAGCAAAUUUGGACAUAUCGGCUUUGAAAGUUGCCAACAACAGCUUUCCUUGGCAAAGAUGAACUACUACGUCAUUGACGCUGCCUGGUGACCAUCAGAUGAACAAUAAUGUGCAAUAAAAUAAG